UGUUGAGUUUGAAAAAAAAAACUUCAUUACGUUCAAUUAAUACUCUAAGUUCGAACACCGAGGGUUAAGAUAAAGUAGAAGUAGUUUGAAAGAACUCGCAGAACUGAAGGGAACUUGGAGUGAUCCAGUAACUAUGGGUCCUUUGGUGGUUUCUUUGUUGCUUCUUGCUACAGUCAGUGCUCUGCCGCCACGUAUUAAUGACCUGUUGAGAGAGACGAGAAGCCGUUACGAUAAAAUCGACGCCCCAGGAUGUGGCCAGCGACCUUUGAUCGUAGGGAAUGGAGCCUCGGAGCUUACGACGAGGAUUGUGGGAGGUCGUGAGUCCGUGCCCUACUCGUGGCCGUCCAUUUGCAGUCUGCGUCUCUCAGCCUCCCCCAACGACCACAUCUGCGGGUCCACGCUGGUCAAGAGUCUGGACGAAGAAUAUUACCUGAUCACUGCGGCCUCCUGUAUCACCGACCAGCGAGCCAGUCGCUACACAGCCCACUGCGGCAUCCACGAUAGGGCCGCGUCUACCGAGCCACACAGGGUCAUCAUCACCUUCUUCACCUUAGCUGUUCACAGCCAGUACAACGAAUGGACGCUGGAUUACGACAUCGCCAUCUUUAAAGUGGCCACGCCCCUGCCCACCAACAACUACAUCUCUGCCGUGUGUAUCCCCAAUGAGGGCUGGAACGAUAUGGAGCCGGCUAUUGUCGCUGGAUGGGGAUCUCUAAACGAGGGUGGGAUCUCCCCGUACAAGCUCCACCAGGUCAACAAACCCAUCAAGCCCCGCUCUGUCUGUGAGGAGAGGUACGGCGCCGCCUCCAUCACCAUGAGGAUGUUGUGUGCGGGUCUCCCAACUGGUGGGGUGGAUGCGUGUGAGGGUAGGCAUGGCGGCCCACUCUACACAUACAGAGAGGACAGGUGGACACUCACAGGUAUUGUGAGCUGGGGUAUGGGCUGUGGAGUGGCCGGCAAACCCGGAGUCUAUGCUGACGUCAUCGAGCUCAAGAACUGGAUCCACAGCGUCAUCAACUUUUAACCUCUGCGGCUAUCUGGCUAAUGGGCUAAAAGACUAACAGGCCACCCUUGCUUCGUGUGAGACACAGAGAAGAAGAGAAUUAAUUGAGAUUCAUGUGGAAAGUACAAUUGCACUUCGUAAUAAAAAUUGACAUGUUCUAAACAAU